GUGUAAAGGAUUUUUGAAUUUUUCUGUAUACAGACAACGUUAUCAUCCUGAUGAAUUACAAGUGUUUGUUUAGUUUUCUUCCCACUUGAAAUGAAUUCAUAUUUAUUUUGAAGAGUGUCUUUUGAUAAAAACAUGAUCAGUAAAAAUUGGAUAAAACGUGGCUGUUUAUGGCCGCGUGUGGAAUUGGAAUAAACUUUGAUCAAUAUGGAACGUGCGAACGAGGGUGGUUACUUGAAAUAACAUGGAAUAAUCGAAAUUAACGGAGAAAAUACUAUUUUAACGUCGUGAUUUUAGCGUAUUGGCGAAAAUAAGCUGAGAAAAUAAACUAAACGAAAAGUUUUACAAAACUGUGAAUGAAUUAAAAGAAAUUCUGACAUUUGUGAUAAACUAAUAUGUAUACAUAUGUAUGUAUACACAUGUAUUCAAUGUUUUCAUUAAAAUAAUGAUUUGAAUGUAAAUUCUACAGUUUCGUUUGACUGGUCGAUAUAUAGAAGUAAACUAAAACAUUUAAUUAAUAGAUUCAAGUGAUACAUUAAAGUCAACAUUGGAGUGUCACGGAGUAGUGGACAGAUAUCUUUGUGAUUGUUCAUUUAUUAUUCAUGGGCUUGCUAAUUACGUGUAAUUCAAUAUCUGAAGCACGGAUAAACCAGGCUGAUUAGAUAGUCUAUAAAUCAUUUUCAGAAAUACAGAAAUCGGUUUGGAUCGAUUAACCGUGGUAAAGAAAAAACAACAAAGUCAUUUGUAUAUGGCUCGGACGAUAUACAAUCCAGAUUUGAAAUAAUAACGUGUGCAUAUUCUAUAACGUUAAGUGAUUUUUUUUCUUUAUCUGUUUUGGAUCUGAAGAAAUUAUUGUUUGAAUUCGACAAAUGUUAUCUUUAUAUAUCAAUAAAGACGUUUUAUCCCACUGUUAAGUGGCAAAGUCGAGGAAUAGAAUUGUUAAAGAGGAAUACAUGUACUGAAAAAUGAGGAUUGACACGAAUGUUAAGUGGAUAGCAGACGGCUACAAACAUAAGUUAUUCGCAGAUUAUUCUGUAAAGGAUCAGGCUAUAAGCCCAAGCGAGAAGGAUAAUUUUAAUUUACUCCCGGAAGAUGACCCCAAGUCAUUUGUUGAGUAUGACAUUGGCGGACAGAUGGAAAAAGUUAUACAGAAACCUAAACAUGGUCAACGCAGGAUUAAAAGCGCUUCGUCUGUUCGUCUGCAAGAUCGUCCAUGGCGGCAUCCUGUCCCGCCAAAAUAUCCGCAAGGAUUUGUACCGCGGAGCAGACCGUCCUCCGCAUUACCACCAAAAACGCGUUCAUCCUCGGCAAUGCCUACUCCGCGGAGGAUAAAGAGUGCUGGCUCUGUGAGGACACUAGCAGAAAGUCGGGCCCGAGAAACGAUUGAUGAACUAAGGAAAGGAUUUACUCUAGUCAAUAAAUUAUAUGAAAAUGACUAUAGAAGUGGCAAUAUUAGUUUACAUCCAGCCAGUCCGGCCCCGGAUUUUAGAUAUUUUGAUAGGCACGCGCGUUGUUACAAUCACACGCAUGCGCAUAGACAGCCAUAUAGUGACCGUCCACAACGCGCAUGUGAAAAGUACCUUGAAUCAUGUGGAUCACGUGCUAUAUCUCCUGCUCGCCCUGAUGAUCCAAACGUUCAACCUCAACGUUACAUAGACUACCAUAGACCUCGGACCGCACCCGGAACGAGAAAAGAAUUGCAAUAUAUACCCAGACCUAGUUAUGUAUAUAGAAACCAUACUCCACAUUUCUGCAAUUUUGUUCAUCAAAUCUCGUUGCACGACAGACAAACAAAUGUCCAGGAUUCCCAGGAUCUUCGUGAUAUGGAAUUUGAUGAUGAUGUGGAGUUUAUUAUGGAAUCAGCCGAAGGAAGGCUUAUAAGCAAGUAUAGGAAGACCAGUAAUGCUAGCAGUAACGAUAUUGAAAAAUGGUUGUCGGAGAAGAAAAACAAUAGAGGGUUGUACAGAAAUAACAUCAGCUCUAUACCUGAAAUAAAAGAGGAUAUAAUACCAAGCGGCACCGAAGGACGCCCUGGUUCCCCAAGUUCUCUGGAUGGUGACAGCCGGUUAGAAGAUGAUAAUCAGCAACCGGUUACCGGAAUAGAAGUAAGACUGAGUUCUCCGAUAAAAUCGGAUCGAAGUGACGAUCGUAGGUCCAAAGCUGAAGAUUUGUUAAGUUCUAGAUCAGGCAUGUCUAUACCAGAGGAGAAGGAGGAUAGAGGGGAUGCUGAUAAUCAUAAAGGUGCUUUUGAUAAUAAAUUCAAGCCAUUGACAGGCGGUGAGUCAGUGACAGUCCCCAGCAGCUCUGAUAGUGAGAACAACAACCGGGCUGAGAGCCCAAGGCAGCCCCCACCAAGCCCGGAACCUCCAAAACAAACUAAAGAGAAAUCAGAAAUUCCCUUACCCACCACUCAACCCACCCCUAAAAAGAGGGGCUGUGUUACUAAAAAGACAAAGAAACCAAUCGAGAGAACGAGAAAGAUGAAGCCCAUUGAGGAGCCGAAGGAGGCAGAACCAGUCAAGGUGGAGGAGGUACCAGUAGUUGACACGCCUUCAGCUGAAAGUGACAAGGUAGACUCAAAAAUAGACCUGAAAGUUCCUGAUUUACCCACUAAUAUUGAGAAAGAGAAAACAAGAAAAGAGAAAACUAAAGCGAAGAAACAUUUAAUAGAACAUGAAGAUGAUCUAUACAGACCAGACCCAGGGGAGUUGUUAAAUGAACAAUUAAAACAGAACAGAGCGGAAUUUGAUUGGUCAAACAUGGAACAGAACGGAAUAGAAGACAUCAAGCGCCCUCCUCAAAUCAAGUCCUGGAUUUCAGGAAGGUUGGCUCUUUCACAACAAGCAAGCAGGUUUGAGUUACCAAUGGACAUGAAAAAACUUGAAAAAAUGACCCCACAAGAGUAUGUAAGAAAACAUUGUAUUAUAACAUCAAGACGUCAAAACUUGUACCAGAAAAUAUUCCUGAAAAACAAAGACAAGACUCAAGUUAUUGUAUACAAAGAUUUGGAUCGGUCAUUGAAGGAUGUCCUGGUGAACACUAUUACCUCAGAACAAGUUCAAGAUGUCCUUAACAUGUUAAAUAUAACAGAGAGUACCAAAGUAGAUUACCAACUGUUCGCUGGCAUGGCUGCAUUUGCUGAACGUGUUCUUUAUCCCUCAUUUGUGACACAAGACUAUCUUAGAAGACUCGUAGAGUUAGAGAUUGCUUUUGGUCUGUUAGGAACUGAUGACACACGAGAGAUGCCAGAAUAUCAAAGAGAGAAGAUAGAAUGUGCUGAUUUCUCUGCGUUACCAUGGAAACUACAUGGGGUCAAGGUCAACUCAGAGAUGAGAAAAAUGUUGGAACAAAUCAGCUGAUGAUGUGCAUUUAAAAACUGUAUUCAUGAUCAAGGGCCAUUGUUUCUAGUGAAGGAGAAUUGGACUCGCAUGAAUUACAUUACAUUAGAGAAUUCAGUUUGACUACUGUAGAUCUAUUUUUAGAAAAUUGGAUUCUUUUUUGAGGAUAUUAUAUAAAGUAAACAAUAGUUCAGUGAAAAGUUGGUUUGUUUACUCAAAAAAUUAAACGUUUCACUUAUGCCUCAAUUUAAACUUGGGCCUUAACACAUCAUGUGACAUGUUUAUGCCCCCGCCAUAUAAUGGCAGGGGCAUAUAGUGUUACCCUGUUCCGUCAUUCCGUCCUUCCGUCAUCAUCAGUUUCCGUUCAUUAUCUUAAUAACCCUUGCACAUAUUGAACUCAAAUUUGACAUAUGGAUAUGUCAUGAGAAAAUACAGGUCAAGUUCGAAAUUGGUCAUGGUUCGAUGAUUUUUGGCAGAGUUAUGCCCCUUUUACAUUGAAAAUAAUAUGAAAUUUUCAGUUUCCGUUCAUUAUCU